GUGCAGGAAGUAAGGCGGUAAUAAUUUGGUCUGCAAUGAUAAACGCAACGAUUAUGAUCAAGAUCAUGAUGAAUAAUGACUCGGUUGCAGGUGGAGUCAGAAUUGAAAUGUCGUUGUGUUUUUCACAUUUCCCACGUCUUCUUCCUGUGUCAUAUUGCAGAUCUAGAUCUUCGUCUUUCCCCUGUGAUGUUGUCGGUGUCCGUUGGCAAAAGCGAUGGGAAGAGUAACAACAAGCUCGAGCAGCUCCACUACGUCCAAGGGCAUCCUCUUGUACUAAGCAACUCCUUCAAGCUACACGAACGUUGUUGCAGGAACACCGAUCAUAUGAAGAAUCAACAUGGGUUGCUGUAGCGCUCCCGAGGCAUCAAAAAUAGGAUUGUCCGCGAACAACUACAAGCAGGCUCAGAAGAAGUACUACAAAUCUCAGAAAAACGAAGACGGAGCCGAAGAGGAAGGGCACGACGACCUGCUGGCUGCAGUCGAUCUUCCACAAGAGAAGCUGGAACUGAAUCGCGAACAAAUGAAGAAACCGUUGACGCCAACCAGGGGCUAUCAGCCACUCAAGGACGACGGCUCGAGCUUUUGUCGAAGUGGUGACUACGUUGUAGUCCCGACUGAUUACGAGCUACGCCGCGCACCUAGAGACCAUGAUGGCAGCACUUUUCCAAAAUUCACGACCGGCCACCACGAGGAACAGCAAGGGCUGCAUCUCGCUUCUACCGGUGUCGAGCAAGUACAGGGGCCCUUUCUGCACCCUGGACCGCCUCCAAUAUCCGAGGUGACCAAGAUAAGAUCUGCGGUGAGCAUAUGCUUUGCAAAAAAAGUGGGUUGGAAUCUCUCGUCGUCGCGAACAAGUAGAGUUUUGGUCAUUUUCGAAAUGUGGUAUGGCGGUCAAGAGUACUCAUCUCUUGUUGAGCCGAGGCCGCGUUUAAUACAAGAUACGGUAGCUGCACAGGUCGAACUCCAGGACCUGUUCAGGAUAAUAUCACAGACCACACGACGGCGAGGAUAAUAAUUCCAACUACUAACUUUCUUGCAUUGCUGGAUACACCAAGGCCCUUCUCCUCGGUAAGCAACACCAGUUCCGAGAUGCUUUUCACCUUCUAGCGGGCUUAGAAAGCUGCACGGAAGUGGAAACAGCGAAGGAGGUGUUGCUCAUUUGUCAAGAGCAUCAGUGAACAAGGAAAUAGAAAAAUAUGACGUUUCGACGACGAAGCUGAUUGUGGGCUGAAGCCCCUCCAUCGGAAGUUGUACAAAAUUACUAAGGGACUUGUUCCGUGUCGUGCCAUAUCGUCGAUGAUAGGCUGCUUGUUUGUUUGU